AAAAGAGGUCUUGGGUUCGAUACUUUACAAGCUGUGAAUUUGUUUGAUUGUGGUUAUGGGUAGGGUGCAAUUCCCAACUAGCCUCCUCUGAACCUGAAAAUGAUGGAUAAUUGUAGUUCGUCACUAAUUGUCCCCCUUUUAAGGAGAACUGAUUUCAAGACUAUCUUCCUUCAUACACACACUUGAUACUUAUAUUUGACCGCUAGAUUGAAUUGAGAAAAUAAAAUGAAAACAACAAAAAACAAAUGGUGUGUAAAAUUCAUUUCUUUUGUUGAAAGGGUGGUAUCCACAUACUGAUUUUUACCUCUCACACACCCUUUUUACUUUUUAUCAUUUGAUCUUGUUUAAUUCAUUUGAUCCAAUAGUCAGAAAUUAAAAAGAGUGUGCGAAAAGUAAAAAAUAAUGCGUGGAUAUCACCACUCUUGUUGCAAUUGAAAACUUAAUCCAAGAAAGAAAAAAACCUAAAAACAACUAGAAAGCCAACUAAGAUAAAACAAGAAAAAAAAAAGAAGGCAACCCGAAAAAAGAAAAACAAAAGAUAAAGGAGGGGACGAAAGCAGAGGAAACAGAGAGGGACAGAGAAAGAAGGAGAUUUAAAAGGAAAAUAGGAUCCGAGUACAACGGAACCUGUCUUCCUUUCCUUCCUCUGUUUCUCUCUCUUGUGUUAGGACAGGGUGUUUUCUGUCUUGUAAUCUCUGUUUUUGCAUUUGGAAAUUAAAGCAAAAAACUUUAAGGUGGCCGAAAACAGAGAGAAGAACAGAGCAAGUUCCAAAGGGAAGGAGGCCGAGUUCCUCACCAGGGAACGACGGUUUUCCUCUUCUUUUUUGUUUCAUGUCGGAAUAUUAAUUCCUAACCCCUUCACUGGUUAAGUACAUCUGGAGAGUCCUCUACAUUACUUGAAAAAACUUGCUGCCAUGGGCGUCUGUGUCUCAAAACCACAUGAAACUAUCAACCCUCAUCAGAAAAAGGUACACAGACACGGCAAGCGCCAGAGUAAGGGGAAGAAGACGAAGAAGGUUGCUUCCGUCGCCAUCCCUGAUGCGCCCAAAAGACGGUCUGUGAGUGAGUUUGUGCAUCUUGACUUUGAGAAAGGUGCUGCAACCACCUGCAAGAGAUCUGAGGUUUCUAAUGGAACAUAUCAUCUCACUCAGCUUCAGUGGAACCACAGUCAGAUUGAUACAAAUGGCGGGAAAGGCCCAGGGGAAGCAUGGUUUGACUCACUAAGCAUUCUGGAAUCUGAUUCAGAAGAUGAUUUCUGCAGUGUGCAUGGAGAUGGGUUUCCUUUAGCAGGGAACAUCCCAAAUGCUCAAUUGCUGCAGUAUGAAAGUGCAUCAUGCAUCGUAGAUAAUGGAUGUAAGUACGAAGGGUUCUACGAAAGCUAUCUAAAAAUCGAUGGAAAUGCACGCCAUUCUGUCGAGAAAACCCAAGUGAGUUUCAACGACAAGAGUCAGAAGAACCCGGCGGUGAUCAUGCUUUAUAAGAGGAAGUCUGUUGACGACAGCGAAGGGAACAGUGCGUCCGAUCAGAAGUACUUAUUCCGUCCAAGAGCAGGACUUCGAAUCCCUUGCUCAACUGAAGAGAAGUCAGCUCCGGGAUCCUGGUCUCCAGUUCCGCCUUCAGUAUUCAAGCUCCGUGGCGAGAAUUAUUUCAAGGAUAAACAGAAGUACCCUGCUGCAAACUGCAGCUCGUACGUACCAAUUGGUGUCGAUUUGUUCAUCUGUCCCCGAAAGAGAGAUCACAUUGCUCAGCAUCUUGAGCUUCCUUAUGUAAAACCACAUGACAAAGUUCCUUCCCUCCUCAUUGUUAACAUACAGUUGCCUACUUAUCCUACAACAAUGUUCCUCGGCGAUUCAGAUGGGGAAGGCAUGAGUCUUGUGCUAUAUUUCAAAGUGAAUGAAAACUUCGAAAAAGAGAUCUCAUCUCAGUUUCGAGACAGCAUCAUAAAAUUCAUUGAGGAUGAGACCGAGAAGGUGAAGGGGUUUGCAAAGGAGUCUCUGGUUCCUUUCAGGGAAAGGCUAAAGAUCAUGGCUGGACUGGUCAAUCCAGAUGACCUCCAGUUGAGUUCUACCGAAAGAAAGCUCAUACAUGCUUACAACGAUAAGCCGGUGCUUUCACGCCCCCAACAUAAUUUCUUCAGGGGGCCUAAUUACUUUGAGAUUGACCUGGAUAUACAUAGGUUUAGCUACAUAUCCAGGAAAGGACUUGAAUCAUUCAGAGACCGUUUGAAGAAUGGGGUACUUGAUUUGGGAUUGACAAUCCAAGCACAAAAACAAGAGGAACUGCCAGAGCAAGUCCUGUGCUGUCUACGCUUGAACAAGAUUGAUUUUGUGAACCACGGUCAAAUUUCGACUCUCGUAACUAUGGACGAUUAAAUCGGACAGGCACCGAACCUGGAUCCUGGAGGGUUUCUAUAAUUCCGGCCAAAACACCAAGCAAAUGUUUGUAAACAUUCGGGGGCUUCGACCGCGCUUCGACCUAAUCCAAUGGUGCAAGAAUAGGAAGACAGAGAAAUGAACUGCAAAUGCAUUACGAUUGAUCCUGUACAAAAUGUCAUCAGUAUCUGUACUCUUAUGCUUUAUAGUUAACACUUGACACCAUGCAUUUGCCAUCCGUCCUCAACCAUUAAACCUGUGACCCGUAUCUAAUCACCGCGAUAAAGCUUAUAAGAAAGAGGACAUAAUAGGCCGUAAGAACCUGAUU